AUUGAAGGUGGAGAGACGAGUGUGGUUCGCAGUGGAGAGGCGAGCGGCCGCUGAGCAGAGUCCCGGGGAAGUAGCCAGCGCCAAGGGCUGCCUUUUUCAACCCAGUUAACCAGCGGGAAUUAAAACAUUGAGUCCCCAGCGCGAAUCCCGAGAGCAGACAGACGUGUUGCUGAAACGAAAAAAAAGAAAUCGAUUCUCUUUUGUGAAAUCAAGGGAUCACACAGUAUCCAAUAAACUGGCCACAGGGAAUCAAGGCUACUGUACACAAAACAUUGACAGAAAGGCCGGGGUAACAUCACUGAAACUGCCCGGCUCUGAUGAGUCAUCUUGGGUGAAGGAUUUAAUAGCGGAACAGCUUGAAGUCGCCUUCUCCAGAAACAUAACUCGUUUCCCGGGACGUGAGCGCUGCACCGUUACCGGCAUCAAUUGCACCUCACGGUUAAUUAAAACAAACACAUAGGACAAAUGUCGAGACCACCAGGAAGCCAGUUGUGAACAACCAACAACAAACUGGACUGUCUCUCUACCAGUCAAAGCAGGUACUGCUCGGAUGUAGGGGCGAUGCGACUCGCCCGUUAAGAUUUCCCCGGGACUGGAGAGCUAACGCCGAGACAACUUUAGAGAGGAAGAAUAAACAGCAUGAACAGGUCGCCGUGAAUGCCGGCGAGGAUCGGGCCGGAGUGGAUGGAUUUUCUUGUUUGCGAAUGAUAGACCGCGGGCAGCUAAUAAGUAAUUAUUUGACCUCCCCGCGGUAGGUUUAAGAGAACUGUCUGCUCACAAUGGCAUCGGAGGUGAUGUGUGGUCUGAUCUUCAGACUACUUCUUCCCGUCUGUUUAGUUGCCGCAUGUUUGUUCCGAUACAAUGGACUAUCAUUUGUCUACCUCAUCUUUCUCCUCCUUAUUCCACUCUUCUCGGAACCUACGAAGAAGACAAUGCAAGGUCAUACAGGCCGUUUACUGAAAACCUUGUGUUUCACAAGCCUCACCUUUCUGCUGCUUCAUGCCUUGUUUCACAUUACCAUUUACAGCCUUCAGGCAAACAGGAAAAUCAAGCCUGGCUUCAGCUGUUCAGAUUGGGAAAAGACCCUCAGGCAGAUAGGAUUUGAAAGUGUCAGCGGGGCAGAUGCUGGGAACGUUAUUAGACUCUUUGCUCCAGAUAUUGGAAUGUUUGUUGCUGGCUUGGCCACCUGGCUCCUCUGUAAAAGUCUAGUUCGACAACCAGCAACGGAAGACAUGGCCCAGUACAAUCCAGACUUCCAGAAUGAAGAACUGGAAGAAGAAAAGCUUGAACUCGAUGAAGCAUUAAUUUGUGAGGAAGAUUUUGAGGUCACAAACAUGGCUGAAGAAAUGGAAGGGGGAACUCGGCAAAAUGUUCUUCGCAGGAUAGCAGCAUACGCAUCAUCAUUAAAAGAAUUUGUUGGCAAUAUUAUAACAACCACUGGAAAAGUAGUUGUCACCAUUUUACUUGGUUUAACAGGUAUAACGCUACCAUCUCUAACCUCAGGUGUAUACUUCUUUGUGUUUUUGGGGUUGUGUACAUGGUGGUCCUGCGGAAAACAGUUUGAUCCGCUGAUAUUCAGCUGCCUGUGUGUGUUAAUGGCCAUAUUCAGUGCAGGACACUUAAUUGGACUCUACCUUUACCAGUUGCAAUUCUUGCAGGAGCUCGUUCCACCGGAUGACUUUUAUGCAAGGUUGUUUGGUGUAUCGCCAGUGAUUCAAACAAACUGCACAACAACAUGGAAGAUUAUAGCCAACCCCAAGAUGUCUUGGCCCCAACAUGUUAAUCCUAUAAUGCUGUUAUUAUUGUACUACACCUUGGCAACACUUAUCCGUCUCUGGCUUCAAGAGCCUAUUGUAACGCCCUUACAGGAUAAGCAAGAGGAGGAAAAUAAUGAAAAUGAGGAAGAAGGGCAAAAGGAAGCACUUGAGUGUAAUUCUACAGUCACCGCUGAAGUGAGACGUAACUUGUGGUAUACAGCGCACUAUGCAACAGACGAGAGAAGGCUCCUUACAAUUACCCAGGAUGACUCCAGCUUCUCUGAUGCCCUGCUAGCAACAGUAAAUGGAAAUCCCACUGACUACCACGCCGUGCAAGGUGAGAAUGGUCCAGUCUCACUGGAGAUGUACUCCACCCCACAAUACAAAUGGGACCAGAUGGAAAAUGUAUCCCCUGACAAAAUGAAAGACGAAAGUGUUUCGGAAGAGCCGGUCAACAGCAGACUCAACAGCCUUAUCACCUUUUUCCGAUUCAUUAUGAAGCAGAGCUAUAUUUGUGCACUGAUUGCUAUGAUGGCUUGGAGUAUUACCUACCACAGCUGGCUAACCUUUGUGUUAUUGAUUUGGUCCUGUGUACUGUGGAUGAUGCGUGACCGGAGGAAAUAUGCAAUGCUUACAUCCCCAUUCAUGGUCUUCUAUGGAAAUGUCUUGUUAACCCUACAAUAUAUCUGGAGUCUUGACCUUACCAAAGAGGAACUUCCUGAGCCAUCGGGAGUAUUAAAAAAGAUGAAGACCCCGUGUGUCGAACUGGGUUCAAAGAUCCUGUGUACCUUGACAUUCUGGCUUUUGCUCCAUCAAUAUAUCACGGAGCGUCGCGAGGCGGAAAAGCAAAGGGGAUCUGCUUUAUCCCAGGUCAAAGUGGAGGAAAAAGAAGAUAGCCAGCAAGGAAAGGAGAUAAUGAAAGUAUUAGGAAACCUGGUGAUGGGAAUGUUUGUCAAAUAUUGGAUUUACAUCUGUGGCGGAAUGUUUUUCUUCGUCAGUUUUGAGGGCAAGAUUGUCAUGUACAAGAUCAUCUACAUGAUGCUGUUUCUGUUCUGCGUGGUUCUAUAUCAGGUACAUUAUGACUGGUGGCGGCGAAUCCUGAAGUAUUUUUGGAUUAUUGUUGUUUCCUACACAAUGCUGGUCUUGGUCCUGGUGUACACCUAUCAGUUUGAUUCAUUCCCGUAUCUGUGGCAAAACAUGACGGGAAUGGAUAUUGAAAAGUUGAAGGAUCUUGGACUAGAGAAGUUCACUGUAGCAGAUCUGUUCACCAGCAUUUUCAUCCCCACAUCUUUCUUGCUUGUGUGUAUCUUGCACCUUCAUUAUUUUCAUGAUCGCUUUCUGGAACUCACUGACCUAAAAGCAGUGACUAGCAAACAGGAGAGCACUAUCUACAGCCAUGCCAAAGUUAAUGGUCGUGUUUAUCUAUUAGUGAAUAGGCUGGUGAAUCAGGACGGGAGUCUCCCUGACAUCGGCAUGAUGAAUAUUAACACCAGUUCUCAGAAAGAGGAAAGAACAGAGGAUAAAAAGCCAGAGGGUGAAGAGGCAGAGGAGGAGGAGGAGGAAGAUUCCAGAGAGGAAAAAACAAAUAAAUGGCACCUGGUAAUUGACAGGCUGACUGUGCUGUUCCUGAAAUUUAUGGAGACUUUCCACAAACUACAAAUAAUGGCAUGGUGGAUUUUGGAACUGCACAUUAUCAAAAUUGUGUCAUUUUACAUUAUUUGGAUUACAUUGAAAGAGGUUUCCCUUCUGAAUUACGUCUUCCUAAUCUCGUGGGCCUUUGCUUUGCCUUACGUGAAGUUACGUCCAUUGGCAUCGAGUGUCUGUACAGUCAUGACCUGCAUAAUCAUUGUGUGCAAAAUGUUCUAUCAAUUGUCAUCUGUUCAACCUGAAAACUACUCCUCUAACUGUACAAUUCCACAACUGAAUGAGACAAAUGUAGAGACCUUUGACAGACUAAACAGCUCGGUACUCUACUCUAGACCUGUGGACCCCGCAAACUGGAUUGGCCUCAAGAAGGCUUCUCCCCUUCUAGUGUACCUUAAGAACAACCUGUUGAUUCUUGCCAUGCUAGCAUUUGAAGUGACCAUCUAUCGCCAUCAGGAGUAUUUUAGGCUCCGCAACAACCUGCCACCUCCGGUAACGAAAACCAUCUUUCAUGACAUCACAAGGCAUCAUCUGGAUUGCGGGAUGGUGAACUGUGCCAAGUAUUUCAUAAACUACUUCUACUACAAGUUUGGGUUGGAGAUAUGUUUUCUGAUGACAGUGAACGUGAUUGGUCAACGGAUGGAUCUGUAUGCGAUGCUUCAUGCCUUUUGGUUGUUUGCAUUACUCUACCGACGUCGCAGGAAAGCUAUCGCAGAGAUCUGGCCAAAGUAUUGCUGUUUCCUGGCAUGCAUUCUGACCUUCCAGUACCUGCUGUGCAUCGGCAUCCCUCCCGCUGCCUGCAAAGAGUAUCCAUGGAGAUUUGCAAGUGCCAACAUCAACUCAAACUUUAUUAAGUGGUUGUACUUUCCAGACUUCAUCAUACGGCCAAGUCCAACGUUUCUUAUGUAUGACUUCCUGAUGUUGCUGUGUGCCUCGCUGCAAUGGCAGGUGUUUGAGGAUGAAAACAAAGCGGCAGUGAGGAUCGUUGCCGGUGACAACGUGGAGAUCUGCAGAGACCUGGAUGCAGCCACAUUCAGUCAACACAACCCAGUCCCGGACUUCAUUCACUGCAGGUCUUACCUGGACAUGAUAAAAGUCAUUGGAUUCAGUUACUUAUUUUGGUUCGUGCUUACAAUCAUCUUUAUCACGGGGACCACCCGCAUCAGCAUCUUCUGCAUGGGUUACCUGGUUGCCUGCUUCUAUUUCCUACUUUUUGGUGGAGAGCUUUUAUUGAAACCUAUUAAAGUAAUCCUGCAGUUCUGGGAUUGUCUGAUUGCCUACAACGUGUUUGUGAUAACGAUGAAGAAUAUCCUGUCUAUCGGAGCAUGUGCCUACAUCAAUUCGUUAGUCUUGAGAGGUUGUUGGUUCGUCCAAACAUUUGGUCUUGUCUGUACUGUUAAGGGCUAUGAUGAGCCCCCUCCCGAGAACCUUAAGAAAUGCCCGUUGCCGAGUGGGGAAGCAGGCAUUAUCUGGGACAGUAUAUGCUUCUCCUUUCUACUGCUGCAGCGGAGGGUUUUUAUGAGUUACUAUUUCCUGCACGUUGUAGCUGAUAUAAAAUCUGCUCAAAUCCUUGCAUCAAGAGGUGCAGAACUAUUUCAAGCAACGAUUGUGAAAGCUGUGAAGGCCAGGCUAGAAGAGGAAAAGAAAUCAAUGGAUCAACUCAAGAGACAAAUGGACCACAUCAAAACAAGACAACAGAAGUAUAAGAAAGGCAAAGAGAGAAUGCUGAGUCUGACCCAGUCAGUUGAUGCUCAGGGUAAUCAGGUGAAGCAGGAAGAUGAUGAUGAUGAAGGAGAACCAGAGAAAGAGAAAGAGAAAGCCAAGGGCAAAAAAAAGCAGUGGUGGCGGCCCUGGGUUGACCAUGCUUCCAUGGUACGAAGUGGAGACUACUAUCUGUUUGAGACAGACAGUGAGGAAGAAAUUGAAGAAGAGGUCAAAGAAGAUGAAGAGCAGCCCCAAAAAUCAGGGUUCCAGAGAGCAGUUCGGAAAUUUGCUUCAGCCAUGAUAGCCUUGCCAAGGUCCAUCUUAAAACUGCCAAAAACCAUACUUCAGUUGGUAGUCAGAGGUGUCAAGUUCAUGUACCAGACUUGGAUGAAAGAUUCCAAAUCGACAUUAAAGGGGAAGAAGAAGAAAUGGGAAUUUGGUAAAAAAGAAAUGCGAGAUCACGUUACAAUUGAAUGUGAGGAGUCGGAAGAUUUACCCCCACCAGAAGAAGUGCAUAAACAUUCUAAUGCACCAGACAAUGUUAUCAAGAGGGUAUUUAACCUGCUGAAGUUCACUUGGGUUCUCUUCCUGGCAUUGGCGGACAGUUUUACGAAGUGGCUGAACUCGAUCUCCAGGGAAUGCAUUGAUAUAUCCACUGUGCUGAGGAUAGAGAGGUGCAUGCUCACGAGAGAAGUGAAAAAGGGAAACAUUCCGUGCCGAGACAGUAUCCAGAAUUACUACAAGCACCAGAUGAAGUUGAACAGCUCCCGAGAGUCGGGCCUGGAUAGAAGCGAUGACAGUGCCAGAUGUACUGCCUUAAUCAUCCAUGAAGGGAACCGAGAACUCGAAGCUCAGAGAAUGAGCAGCACAGACUCAGCAGCUUCCCACGACAGCAUGUCCAGCUGCUACACUGAAGCUACCAUGCUGUAUUCACGGCAGUCAACUCUAGAUGACAUAGAUGAUAUCCCUAAAACAAGUGAACGUGCUCGGCCUAGACUUCGUAAAAUGUACAGCCUUGAUAUGUCCUCUUCAUCGGUUGAAAGUGGCAGUAUAGUGUCAAGUGAGCCAACACAGUGCACCAUGUUGUAUUCACGUCAAGGGACAACGGAUACCAUUGAGGAGGUGGAGGAUGAGCAGGAUGAAGAGGCCACAGUGCCUGUGUACACAACAGAAACAAUGACUGAAGAGGUCCCACCUUCCUACAGCAAAGCUGUGAGCCUCGAGCAUUUGACCUUCAGCUCAGACUCGGCAGGUGAAAAGCAUCUAAUGGCUCUCACCCCAGACAGCAGACUGGACUUGCUUGAAGAUCCCAUCUUUCCAAACCUAAGCCACGAGCUAACUGCUGGUGAACUCCUUCUUAACAAGAUGUUUUUCGAUGACGAGUUGGAAGAUUCAGAGAAAUUCUACACUGCACAGCCUCGUGCCUUCCUGCUGUUCUUUGCCCUGUAUAAUACGUUGGUGGCCCGCUCAGAAAUGCUCUGCUUCUUUGUCAUCAUACUCAAUCACAUAGUGUCAGCCUCAAUGAUUACCCUGGUACUUCCCAUCCUAAUCUUCCUAUGGGCGAUGCUGUCUGUUCCCAGGCCAAGCAAGCGUUUCUGGAUGACGGCCAUUGUUUACACAGAGGUAACGAUUGUGAUCAAGUACUUUUUCCAGUUUGGAUUUUUUCCGUGGAAUACAAAUUUAAUUGGAAAGCAAAACAAACCUGACUUUGUCCCAAACAUAAUCGGAAUCGAGAAGAAGGAGGGUUAUGUUCACUAUGACCUCAUACAACUGCUGGCACUGUUCUUCCACCGCUCCAUCUUAAAGUGCCAUGGUCUGUGGGAUGAGGACGAGAAGGGUGACAAUGCUUCUGGUAAAGAUGACAGUGAAGAUGAUCAGAAUGAGUCACAGAGGAAGAGCUCCCUUGGCUCUCUAAAAUCGAUUAAUUUGCAAGCGUCCCUAGAUUCCAUCCAUGUCCACUUUCCAGAACAGGCAACAGCGCGAAGACCAAGUUCAACUGGUUCGCAGAUCUCAAAUCGAUCAUCUUAUCGGUCACAAAGAGGAAGCAUAAGCACUCGAAACAGCAGCAGCCGGAAAGGAAGUGGGUCACUUAGCGUUCAACCAAAGAAUAAGAAGGAGCUGUUGCUGGAAAAGUUAAACGAGCAAAUGAUUAAGGCAAAAGCCAUUAUCAUUGCCAAAACACUUCAAAUCUAUUUCCCAAUCAGACAUUUCUUCUACAAUAUCAUCCACCCAGAUUACAGUGCGGUGACAGAUGUCUAUGUCUUAAUGUUCAUGGCAGAUGUGGUGGACUUCAUUGUUAUUAUCUUUGGUUUUGGCGCAUUUGGGAAACAUUCAGCAGCUGCCGACAUAACAUCUUCUCUGUCAGAGGACCAAGUACCAGAGGCGUUUUUGGUGAUGCUGAUAAUUCAGUUUGGUACAAUGGUGGUAGAUCGAGCACUCUACCUCCGAAAGACAGUCUUAGGAAAAGUUAUCUUCCAAGUCAUCCUCGUUUUUGGAAUUCACUUCUGGAUGUUCUGUAUCUUACCAAGAGUGACAGAGCGAAAAUUUAACCAAAACACAGUUGCGCAGGUUUGGUACUUUGUUAAAUGUGUUUACUUUGGAUUGUCAGCAUAUCAGAUACGUUGUGGCUACCCAACACGUGUACUUGGUAACUUUCUGACCAAGAGCUACAACUAUAUCAACUUGUUCCUCUUUCAAGGAUUCCGGCUGGUUCCCUUCCUCACUGAGUUGAGAGCAGUCAUGGACUGGGUCUGGACCGACACAACCCUUAGCCUCUCAAGUUGGAUCUGUAUAGAGGACAUUUAUGCCCAUAUUUUUAUUCUGAAGUGUUGGCGUGAAUCUGAAAAGAGAUAUCCUCAGCCACGAGGGCAGAAGAAGAAGAAGGUUGUAAAAUACGGCAUGGGUGGUCUGAUCGUCUUCUUGUUAAUAUGCAUUGUGUGGUUCCCCCUCCUCUUCAUGUCCUUGAUUAAGUCUGUCGCUGGCGUGACAAACAGACCUUUGGAUGUGUCUGUCACAAUAACCAUUGGAGGUUACCAGCCCAUCUUUACAAUGAGUGCCCAACAGAACCAGCUGCAAGAUUUUAAUAGAACUGAGUACAGCAGAAUAUCAAAGAGGUUCUACGACAAGUCUGGUGCUUUGCAGUUCCUGGAAGCCUACACAAAAGAAGACAUUCUGGUUGCAAAACUUGAAGGAAAUUCAAAUUCACUUUGGACCAUUAGUCCACCGAGUCGAACUAAAAUGAUAGAAGAGUUGCAUGAUAACUUGUCAUCAGUCUCCAUUGUCGUUGCUUGGUCUAUUCAAAGGAAUAUCACUCUUGGGGGAAAAUCAGAAAUUGCUUCUAAUAAAUUAUCAUUUUUCGUUCCACAAAACAACAAAAACGAGCUUGCUGCAUUGAUGGAAGGGAAAACUGACAAACAUGUAAACAUAUCAAAGCUAUUUCCAAAUUACAUCAGGGCUCCUAGCAAUUCCGAUACAAAACCAGUGAAACAGCUUUAUGACAAUGGUGAUGAAUACUGUGACCUUCUUGUAAGAUUGGUUAAAAAAAAAGACAACAUUACAGGACACAUUCAGGAAUGGUGGACUAUUAAUCAGACCCGAAAGUUUCACAGAAAAGAUCAAAAAGAAAGUUUGGAAAUUAUUGUAUUCAGUGAUAAAGUUAGUCCUCCAAGUCUUGGCUUCCUUGCUGGAUAUGGCAUUAUGGGUCUCUAUGCGUCCGUUGUGCUGGUCAUUGGAAAGUUUGUCCGUGAAUUCUUCAGUGGGAUAUCUCACUCCAUCAUGUUUGAAGAGCUGCCCAAUGUGGACCGAAUCUUGAAACUGUGCACGGACAUCUUCCUGGUUCGAGAGACUGGAGAGCUCGAGUUGGAGGAGGAUCUGUACUCUAAGCUCAUCUUCUUGUAUAGAUCACCAGAAACUAUGAUCAAAUGGACACGUGAAAAGACAAAGUGACCAUUUUGGAUGACCUGGAUUCAAAGUUCUAAUUUUGGAGAUUAACAAAAAACGAAAGCACAAUAUCACAGAAAAGCAGAGCUGUUCAGUUAGGUGACGGGAGCUUUUCCUACUGGAGCCCAGGCAGUUGCACGUUCCUUAAGUCCUCUCUGCCUACAGUCUCCCUCUGCUGACAGUAUCAGACCGGUGUUUGCACCAGUAGUGGUUAAGGAAAUGAUUCCAUGUCGUAUCUGAAUCCAGUUUCUUUACACUUUCAGUCAGCCAAAAUCAGGGCUUCCAAAACGCUAACCUUCCUUGCAGGUAUCACCUGCAUCAAUCCUUUAUGCAAUGAUUUUUGGUCGACAGAAUGUCCAUACCCCCCAAUUAUAGGGGAACAAGUCCUGGAGUGAUCAGUACAGGCUACAUGAAAGAAGGCGACACCAAUGAAUAAUAAUUCUAGUUGCAGUGAUGAAUGGAUUUAUUGACUAGCCUAAGCGAAGGACAAUUCUAUUUUGAAUGACUUAUUUUAUUUGUACAGGCAAUAGAAAAGUAUCACCUUAUCAGUGAGCUUUCUCAGGAAGAGUUCUUUUAUCAAAGGCUUAUCUGUCUUCUGUAUCUUUGGCAUCUUAUAAAAACAAAGUGGGUGCACAUUAUUGCUUCAGCAAAUACUUCUAGAUAAAGGCUCCUGUGAUACUUACAAAAGCACUUGAAACCUGAGGUCAGCAAAAUAUUCAGAUUUUACUUGAACCUUUGAAAAGCAAAUCCUUCGACAACCUCUUCUCUUUGAUUGAACUGGAGCUAACAGAACUUUCUUCAUGAGCCUGUGGUUUUGUCUUUUUUUUGGAUCGGAAGAAUCCAACCAUAACUAUGUUUCAUUUCCAUCUCCCUUUCACCCAUUCCAAUUGUCAGGGGAGAGCCUGGGUGAUAUGUCGCCAAGUGUCGUGAACAUCCACCUUCAGCCAAUUAUUGGAAUAUAUGCAACAAUGGGCCAGGGUAAUAAAUUGCUGAUUUUCUCGCUUUUCUUAUUGGGACCUAUGUGGCCUCUUUUACUGGAUGUUAUUCAACCGAUAUCAGAAACUUGCUUGGAGGGGUUGAUGGGCACAAUCAUGUACUUUAACUCUGGCGCAGAAAAACAGAUCUAGCGUGUGGCACAGCCAUUAUUGUAUGGCACGUAUUGUCGAAGGGAAAAACAAGAUAGAAUUAUGCUUUGUUAGCAUUAUAUACAAAUGCAAGGCCCAGCUGCGAUCUGACUGUUUCAGAUAGGUUUUGCUCUACUUGAAAUGUCUGUGCAUUUAAAUCUCCAUACUAUCAGCAAAACAACAGCAAUGACAACGAUAGGAUGAUUAGGCUCCUCAUAACAAUUGCUGUUUCUAUAAUCUGAACUGAACAGUAAAGAUGAUAGUAUUGGAAACCAUAUGUACAAUGUGAAAUAACUGGAGACAGUAUAAAAGGAUAUUGUGUAACUAUUGAUAUGGCGUAAUGUUCAGAAAAAUGGACUGCCUUAAUUCUGUAACAAAGCAGAUUUCUUUGGCUUAAAGUUUGACUUUUCUGCAUAUUUCCACAUGCACAUUGCUAUUGCUACAAUUUUCAAGGUAACUGUAGUCCCCAAAAGGGCAAAAAAAAAUGUAUACAUGUAUCCUAAGAUUUAAUUUUAAUCUACGUAUCUAAAUGCAAAAAUGUUCAAGAUUAACAUGAUUGUUUUGGUUUAGGUAAUGAGGCAUUUCUAGGACUACAAUAUUGGGUAGAAUUAUAGCACAAAAGACUGGAAAUGAGAAAACCCUUUUUUAAAGUAUACACCUGAUUGCAGCAAGGUUUACUGCAACUGAAUAAUGGUGUAAUUUGUAAUGCUUCUCAGAGUAUCGCUGGCCCAUUAUCAAUGUGGCCGCUCCUUUUCAUGUCAGUUAUUGGUUUCUGACAACUACUACACAUUUGUAUUGUUAAGGCAUUGUUAAUAAUGUAAAGCAGGGAUUGGAAUUUGGUUUCCUCUUUAGUUGUUUUCCUACAAAACGAUUGUCAGUAGCUCAUCAAAUAUUCCUGUAACUUGGCACAGUCACAAGUAAGUCCAAUUGGUGAAGGUUGCAUGGUUGCGAUAAUUAUUUUUGCUUAAUGAUGCAAUUUAUUUUAUUUAAGUAAUGUUGGAGACCAGCUUGUAACUAAUUCGAUAACACACAUGUUUUACUGUUUGAUUAUGUUCACUUUGUGGAGAUCCAAAAAUAAGUUUAGAAUACUGGCCUAUGAUCUAGAAAUUAAUACAGGACUACUAUUUCAAAAAUUAAUUAUAAAGAGUCAUCAUGUUAAAAGCAAAAAAGAUUAAAUAACCCAACAAAAUCCAUUAGCCUUGCAAUAAUAGUUUUAGAAGCUGCUUUUUAUAAUUUGAAAUAGAAAGCAGCACUCGUGAGUCAAUUCUUUCAUACCCAGCUGUUUUAAGGAUUUCUCAUCUUUUGAAGUAAUUCACAGCAGUUGCUCAAAACAGUCAAAUGAAAAGAAAUGUUUUUCCCAUUCUGUAAGUAGUUUCCCUGUGUUUAUUGGAAUGAAUUGGAUAUUUUCAGCCUAAUAUCGACAGUCUAGAUCCAACCUACCACACCAAGAGCACGAAAAUGGAUGAUUUUUAGUGAAACUAAACAACAGUGGUUGGUGCAAAUAAGUUUUGUAAUGACAAAGGUUAACAUUACCUUAUUCCAUAAUGGUAUGUUUCAAUAUUAGUGUGUUGAGAUGUAUUUAUAUUUCAAUUUUAUUCACAAACUUCUGGAAUACUGAAAUUAGUUUUAGAAAAUAUGCAAUAAGCUUUGCUUCUAGUUGGAUUGCUCAGAAAUUUCCUUUGAACUGGAUGCUGUCAACCAGAGCCAGACGAUUGUGACCCUGCUGUCUAAGGUUACCAGUGAAAAUGUGUCCCUGUUUUAUAUUUGUUUCUAAAACAUCUCACUAAAUGAUGGACGUUUUCAAUAAAAUUUCAUGAAAAUUG